AAGGACAGCCGUUUAAGUUUUCUGCACAUCAAUGAACAACAAUAAAGAUGACGAAGUAAACACAGAAGAUGACAUGAGGAAUGCAUCCAACAGUGAAAAUGAAGAGGAUGAAGUAGACGAUGAAGACUUUUCCACAACUAGGCUGUUGGUUACUGAUAUUCAAGAGAACGACAGUGAGGAUGACCGAAUAAACACAGAAGAUGACAUGAUUACUGCUUCUAACAGUGAAAACGAAGAUGAUGAAGUGGACAAUGAAAACUCCUCCACAAGUAGCCUGUUGGGUACUGACAUUGAAGAGAACGAGGAUGACCUAUCAGAUUCCAAAGCAAACAUGCUUGAUGCUGCAAGGAGUGAAGCUGAAAACGAUGUGGACAGUGAAGAGAAACACUAGUGGAGAAAACGCAUCUGAAUUGUCUGAGGUAUGUAGUAAAUGGUUCAAUGACAAGGUGUGAAGAUGUUUAUUUUGUUGA